UGCAUAAAGUUCGUGCAUAGAGAAUCCGGUCGGCUUGAAGCAUAAUCAUAGAAGUUCCCUUGCUGUUUUGCUCGUGUCUUGUUGUUCCUAUCUCCUUGUUCUCACUCUUGUACCGGUAUUAUGCUAGUCUAGUUAUAAAUGGGUAACAAGUCCAGUAGUGCUUCCUCCAGUGGAAGUGGCAUCUCUGAGCGAAGACACACAAAGAAAAAGGUCCCGUCCACGUCUCCUGCAACCUCGACCAGGUCCCCACGUCCUCCUAUCCCCCUCCCCCCUAACUCGUACAAUGACUUGGAGUACAGGACAGAACCCAUGGAGCCUGACCCGCCCCAAGAAAAUGGUGCUGGCGACGAUUUCGAUCGUAACAACUUAAGCCCUGAGUCAGUCUCCGCCCAUUCCCUUACACCCGACAGAAAAUGGCAGUCGCUUGAAAAUCUCACGGAAGGCGACCCCGAUUCUGACGACCCUAAUCUUUACGUGGUGAAGCAUGACUAUGUGACCAAUCAAAGUGGUCAGCUCUCGAUACGAAAAGGUGACAAGAUCAGGGUCACCCCGGGCAGGGGUACUGGCGACUGGGUCGAAGGUACUAAUGCAAACGGUCAGACGGGUUGGCUACCAGCUUCGUACAUCGCCAAGAUAGACAGUCUUGAGAAGCACUCGUGGUUCUUUGGUAAUAUCACUCGGGCGGAGGCAGAGCUGAAUUUGGGUUCUGGCAUAAACGGGUCCUUUCUUAUUCGAGAGAGCGAGAGCAAGCCGGGACAAUACUCAAUCUCGCUUAGAUUUGAGGGAAGGGUUUUUCACUAUCGUAUACACAUAGACCCCUCAUCAGAGCAGUAUUAUGUAACGCCGGAAUCAAAAUUUGAUACGUUAACUGAACUUGUUAAGCAUCACUCUAAGAAUGCGGACGGAUUGACGACGACUCUGCAUUACCCCGCCCCCAAUUCACACAAGCCUCCUGUUUAUGGGGUGUCACAUGACUUUGAUAAGUGGGAGUUCGACAGGUCGAAUCUAGAAAUGGGUCUGAAACUAGGUGGGGGUCAGUACGGGGAGGUUUAUAAAGCUGUUAUGAAAGGUCGUGGGGUGAACGUGGCUGUCAAGACAUUUAGGGAAGAAACAACAGAUGCUACAGAAUUUCUAAAAGAGGCAAACGUGAUGAAGAAAGUAAAGCACCCGAACCUUGUCCAGCUCCUUGGAGUGUGCACACGGGAACUGCCUUUCUUUAUCAUCACGGAGUACAUGCCCAAGGGUAACCUCCUGGAUUAUCUGAGAAGCACAGAAGGGAAGACACUUGAUGCUGUAGUCCUGGUGUAUAUGGCACAGCAAGUGGCAUCAGCUAUGGCUUACCUUGAAAACAUGAAUAUGAUUCAUAGGGAUUUAGCCGCUAGGAAUUGUUUGGUUGGUGAGAACUAUCUAGUCAAAGUGGCCGACUUUGGUCUGAGCAGACUCAUGGAGAGCGAUAUCUACAACGCCAGAGAGGGGGCUAAGUUUCCCAUAAAAUGGACAGCACCAGAAGCCCUUGCUUACAAUAAAUUUUCAAUAAAAUCUGACGUUUGGGCAUUUGGAGUAUUGCUAUGGGAACUGGCAACAUAUGGAAUGUCUCCGUAUCCUGGAGCUGAAUUGGCUCAAGUCUACGAACUACUGGAGUCUGGGUACAGGAUGCAAAACCCCGAGGGUUGUCCCUCUGCAGUUUAUAACCUCAUGACGCAGUGCUGGGAGUGGUUACCAGAGGAUAGACCAUCUUUUGCGGAAUUAUCUAGAAUACUUAAUGGCCUUUCAGACGUCAAUGAAACUGUAGAGGCGACACUAAGAGGUGAGAACCCGACUCGGUUCGACAGUAUUUCAGUCGAGACACCUACAGCCCAGCACACGUCCUUCUCACAGAAACGCACUCAAUCAAACGGCGGACACCCACCCCGACCUCCCCUCCCCUCGGUACCGAAACAGGAUCAGCCAGAACUCCCUCCCCCUCGUGCAAGCCGAGGCUUACCUCCUCCGCCCAUUAGCAGAGGCAAUCAAGAGGAAACACCACGCCCACCUCCUUUAAGAGGUACCAGAAAACCAAGCAUGGACACGCCCUCAACGACCGGUGGUCCAGCCAUCCCUGCUCGUCCAAAGCCUCCUCCUCCGGGUAGACCGGCCGUUCCUAUUACUUCUCCAAAUAGAGGAACUUCUUCAAAGCCGGCGACUGCUCCAAAACCUCCCAUUAAAGGACCGAAACCUGUCGUGCCUAAAAAGACUACCGAAUUAUCGCUGGGUCUCUCGAAACCAGACGAGCUGAGUUUGUCGGACAAGAUAGACAGACUCCAAAGCAAUGCUCCUCUGUUAAUAGACUUUGUCAAUCAGCAGAGACCUAAUCUCGCUCGAGAUCUCUCGGAUUUCGCUCAGUUAGUGACUUACAUCAUAGAAGAGGCUCAAAGAGCAGAGAACGAUUCUUCGGUUACUUUUAAACGUUGCAUUGCUGUACUACAGUCCCAGAGAGGAGCUCUUACCGAUUCAACGGUUCAGUCCGAUCCGACUAAGUUAACGAAAGCGAUAGAAGUGUUAGUGACUAAGAGUCAAGUACUCUCAAGUCAUCUCAAGUGACAACAGCAUCUUUAUUUAUCAUUAAUUUUAUUUUAGUGGUAAUUAUUAACUUUAAUCACUGAUGCUUCUCUCCAUAUAAUCAUUCGGUCACAGAGCAGCUAAUAAUAAUAAUAACAAUAAUAAAUAUUAUUAUUAUUAUUAUACUUGCUUGUGAAAAUUACAUUUCCUUCCUCUUUUACUAUUUUUGUAGUAUAUUGUUACUAAAUUAAAUCUUCCUCCCCCCUUCUCUCUCUCUCUCUAGAGUUAUAGAAAAUGGUAUGAUUGUUGUUCUAGUUAUUAACUAAUGUUGUUUUUGUUUAUCAUUUUCUGUUUUCUUGUCGUUUCCUCUUUUUUAUUUGUUGUGUUGUGGUCGCUCUUGAAAAUAUUGUUGCAACCGUUUAUCAAUUUCAAAUAAAAUGAAAAAAAACAGAAAAA